AACGAUCAACACAGACAAACGUGACUGUGCAAGCGGCCCCUCGUUACGAUCUGUGAUAGCAAAGAUUGGGUUCCGCGAUGCGCAGUUCAGGAUGGGAUGGAUUAUGACGGAAGGAUGAGACUUAACGCCCCAAGGUGCUCAUGUCCAUACAGAUAAUUAAGGCUGUUCUUCAUGAAUUAGACCCUUCACAAUACAUAGAGGUUUUUGAUACCAACACAACCCGAUGCGACCCGCACAGCGUCCUACGAGAAGCUCUGAAGCCGCCACGAUGCGCUGGUCUCUGCCGGCUCUCCUUCUGCUGCCCCUGCUGCUGGCCUGGGACACCACUUCGGUCAGCCGCGUGUGUGGGUGUAAGACUGGACACCGCCCUAUCCAACAACCCAACCCUGCUUCUGCUCCUGACCUGCUUUCGGGUACAAGAAAUCCCUGGAUACACCGAGAUCAAAUCCCUCAACCUACAACUACAACCGCUGGUCCUGCCUUCCCUAACUUCCACUAUACCACCGCGCUUAUUCCUAUCCAUGAUAUGCCAUAUCAUGACACACCGCUCCCGAGACGACCAGCCACACCACGUGACCACGCCAUCACUACCACCACAUCCAGCCACACCCAAGACCACUAACUGCAGCCACACCAACACCACAAAUACCAGCCACACCACACCAUCACGACCACUAAUACCAGCCACACCACACCCACGACCACCAAUACCAGCCACACCACACCAUCACGACCACCAAUACCAGCCACACCACACCAUCACGACCACCAAUACCAGCCACACCACACCCACGACCACUAAUACCAGCCACACCACACCCACGACCACUAACACCAGCCACACCACACCCACGACCACCGUAUAUCCUCUGUUGGUUGUGGCAAAGAAAGUGCUUCUUCCAGGGGUUUCAAUGUGCAGUUCUAGCUGUGAGUUCACCUGUUGCCUAGUAGUUACUUGUUGUCGUCGAAGAGGAUAUGCCACAACAAAGUUCAGCUCUUUAUAUUCACGUUCCGGAGCAGCGCAGGACGAGUCUUGGAGCGGCGCAGCGAACGGAACUUUCUUUGCUUGUAAUUUCAAUGUAGUGUUGCAACUUCAGUGACGAGGUAAAGAACUGAAGGCAGGACUAUACAGUGACUCCCCUUUAUUAUUUGCAUUGUAAAACUUGUUAGUUGUUUGCUAAUUAAUGAUGUGAUGUACUUAAUGCAUUCAUAUGUAGCCACUACAAGUAUUGUCCUGUUGACACGCAUGUAUGGUCCAGGUAUAUAACAAAAACAAUAUAGAGAGUUGAUAAUGUUAACUGAUGGAUAAAUAUGAUAAAAAGUAAUAACAACAACAACAAGAACAACAAUCUAUUUCUCUCCUUCAUUUCAAGUGUAUGUUUCAAUGCCAUAAUUGGGUAUAUUUUGCGACAACCACAGCAUCCGAAAUUGUAGGUACUGUAUGCCAGUUACAUAUUUAGCCAUAGAUAUGUGCCGAAAACCAUGAAUAAUAAGUUAAAAGUGGUGCAGUGGGCGGGGCGUUCAAAUUUUCAUUCCGGGCCCAGCUAGAGGCCUGUAGUGGCUUUCAACGAGAACAGUUGGAUGAAUGGAUGUAUGGAGAGCCUUAUAUGUGUGGGCGGGCGAGGGAGGGGAGUGAAACGCGACGGCUGUGUUUUAUACAGAAUAGCACCCACCCGGAUGUCACACUGGCCCUGUGUCCCGGGGUAAUGGGCUCCCUCCCACCACAGGCUCAAGGGCCAAUGCGACGGAGAUGAGCACCGAGGCCACGUGCUGCUAUAGCGUAUGCCCUCAACUUUACCUUAGUGACUGAUGUGUUUAUUGCCGAUACAUGUUGAUUUACUAUUCAUCAUUAUUAUAACCAUGAGUAAGCUACUAGGUAAUUUUCAGUCAUUGGUAACCCACAUUUAUGCAUAUUGUAAGGAUGAAUCGUUUGUCUCAGUGACUUUAUUGUGUUAUUUGGGUCACUGAUAUCACAAAAAUACCAGCUAGGUUAGAUUAUCAAUGAGUGAGGUAGUAACAAUUCGAUAUUAUAUUUAAAUGGUAAUCAAUUGUUAAUCUAUAAGCAGUAGAUUACUAUCUUUCAAUAAGGUUCAGUUGCCUUAGAAAACUAAUUAUGUGGCUAUAGGUCCAAAUAUGUUAAGUUUCCUAAAUGACGAGUUGAAAUAUGUUAAGUUUCCUAAAUGACAAGUUGAAAUAUGUUAAGUUUCCUAAAUGACAAGUUCAAAUAUGUUAAGUUUCCUAAAUGACAAGUUGAAAUAUGUUAAGUUUCCUAAAUGACAAGUUCAAAUAUGUUAAGUUUCCUAAAUGACAAGUUCAAAUAUGUUAAGUUUCCUAAAUGACAAGUUGAAAUAUGUUAAGUUUCCUAAAUGACGAGUUCAAAUAUGUUAAGUUUCCUAAAUGACAAGUUCAAAUAUGUUAAGUUUCCUAAAUGACAAGUUCAAAUAUGUUAAGUUUCCUAAAUGACAAGUUCAAAUAUGUUAAGUUUCCUAAAUGACAAGUUCAAAUAUGUUAAGUUUCCUAAAUGACAAGUUCAAAUAUGUUAAGUUUCCUAAAUGACAAGUUCAAAUAUGUUAAUUAAGUUUCCUAAAUGACGAGUUCAAAUAUGUUAAGUUUCCUAAAUGACAAGUUCAAAUAUGUUAAGUUUCCUAAAUGGCAAGUUCAAAUAUGUUAAGUUUCCUAAAUGACAAGUUCAAAUAUGUUAAGUUUCCUAAAUGACAAGUUCAAAUAUGUUAAGUUUCCUAAAUGACAAGUUCAAAUAUGUUAAGUUUCCUAAAUGGCAAGUUCAAAUAUGUUAAGUUUCCUAAAUGACAAGUUCAAAUAUGUUAAGUUUCCUAAAUGACAAGUUCAAAUAUGUUAAGUUUCCUAAAUGAUGAGUUGAAAUAUGUUAAGUUUCCUAAAUGAUGAGUUGAAAUAUGUUAAGUUUCCUAAAUGAUGAGUUGAAAUAUGUUAAGUUUCCUAAAUGACAAGUUCAAAUAUGUUAAGUUUCCUAAAUGACAAGUUCAAAUAUGUUAAGUUUCCUAAAUGACAAGUUCAAAUAUGUUAAGUUUCCUAAAUGACAAGUUGAAAUAUGUUAAGUUUCCUAAAUGACAAGUUCAAAUAUGUUAAGUUUCCUAAAUGACAAGUUCAAAUAUGUUAAGUUUCCUAAAUGACAAGUUCAAAUAUGUUAAGUUUCCUAAAUGACAAGUUCAAAUAUGUUAAGUUUCCUAAAUGACAAGUUCAAAUAUGUUAAGUUUCCUAAAUGACAAGUUCAAAUAUGUUAAGUUUCCUAAAUGACAAGAUCAAAUAUGUUAAGUUUCCUAAAUGACAAGUUCAAAUAUGUUAAGUUUCCUAAAUGACAAGAUCAAAUAUGUUAAGUUUCCUAAAUGACAAGUUCAAAUAUGUUAAGUUUCCUAAAUGACAAGUUCAAAUAUGUUAAGUUUCCUAAAUGACAAGAUCAAAUAUGUUAAGUUUCCUAAAUGGCAAGUUCAAAUAUGUUAAGUUUCCUAAAUGACAAGUUCAAAUAUGUUAAGUUUCCUAAAUGACGAGUUCAAAUAUGUUAAGUUUCCUAAAUGGCAAGUUCAAAUAUGUUAAUUAAGUUUCCUAAAUGACAAGUUCAAAUAUGUUAAGUUUCCUAAAUGACAAGUUCAAAUAUGUUAAUUAAGUUUCCUAAAUGACAAGUUCAAAUAUGUUAAUUAAGUUUCCUAAAUGACAAGUUCAAAUAUGUUAAUUAAGUUUCCUAAAUGACAAGUUGAAAUAUGUUAAGUUUCCUAAAUGACGAGUUUUGUUUAAAAUUAUAUUCCAUCUUGUUGCCGAGGUAUAAUUUGAAGGCAUGAAUAGUAUUCCAACUGUUGUAGAAAGUAUCCAAUUUGGAUUAUCAAUAUACAGUCAUCUAUCAAAGGUGGCAUACGCUGGGGGGCGCGUCGCCUCACCCACCCUACAACGCAGGAUUUAUCGUCAUAUAUGCCGAUGGGGGAAACAAAACUAUUAUUAUUAUUAUUAUUAUUAUUAUUAUUAUUAUUAUUAUUAUUAUUAUUAUUAUCAUUAUUAAUAGUAUUAUUUUUAUGCUGAGUACGACAAUCUGGCAGUGGUGGUCACGAGAAGAAGAAGAAGAAGACCAGUAUAAACAAGUAAAGGCUGCCUGUGGUGAUGUAGUUGUAGCCUAACCAGCCCCUCAUUUUGUUCUCGUUCGUUUACUUAUUGUCCUUUAUAUAUGCCGAUGGGGGAAACAAAACAUUAUUAUUAUUAUUAUUAUUACUAUUUUUAUGCUGAGUACGAUAAUCUGGCAGUGGUGGUCACGAGAAGAAGAAGAAGAAGACACCAAUGUAAACAUGGAAGGGAGUGAGACCAGCGUGUUACCUCGGCAUACUUUUUUCGUCUGCUUGAGGCCCAAAACUGUCGAGCCUACACUGAUAACGAUAUACACUUACAAUUAGAGUUCAAAAGGUUCAGGAGACGGUUAGAAAAUAACAUAACACUGAAAAGGAAGGUGUGUGAACAAGAAGAAGGGAGGAACGAGAGGAGGAGGACCUAAGAACCGAUAUAAAGCAUUACAGGUCAAAAGAUGAAGAAGAAGUGUUGGUGUAUUGGGGCUGUAAAGGCUGCCUGUGGUGACGUAACCUAGCCAGCCCAUCACACGCUGCAGAAGAACUGUACAAGUGUAAGGAGGCAGCAAAAGGCGUGCUUAAAAGAAGCGGUACAAAGCGGGACAGCUCAAGAAGAAGAAGUGUUGGUGUAUUGGGGCUGUAAAGGCUGCCUGUGGUGAUGUAGCCUAGCCAGCCCAUCACACACUGCAGAAGAAGUGGAGAAGUGUAAGGAGGCAGCAAAAGGAGUGCCUAAGAAGUGGUACAAAGCAGGACAGCUCAAAGAAGAGGAAUAAGAG